UCAUGCUCUGGCCUCCUAGCAGUGGCAAGAGAGGGACAGUGGAGACUGACCGGAGAGAGACAACACGAAUCGACCAAAGCCGCACGCCCGGGAACGCAGGGGAGAAAACAGCUGCGCGUAAGCGGCACAGUGAGGCGGUGCAGCCUCGGGAGCCUCGCCGCGAUUGGUGAGUCGAGGCCGACAACCAAGCUCGACAAGACCGUUUUAAGGCCGUGGGGUGUGCUGCCUUGCAGGAUUGGAGACUUUAGGGGGCGUAUGUACGGUAACAGUGUAACCGUGCCUGGGCUUAGCGCGCCAGACAUGCGACGCUACUGGGUAGGAGCCUCGUCCCAUUCCCCACCCGUCCCGUUCUGUCUGGCGAUUUAUAAGAGCGAGGGGUUCCCUCGUGUCCUGUGUCAGACGGACUUUUUGUCUCUCUUGCUGGGGUUUCUGUUUGCCAUCAUAAUCUA